CUCGGCAGCUGCGCAGCGUUGGCGGGGAGCGCGGGCUGCGAAGAGGCGGACCGGAGCGAGCGGGGCGAGCGGGAACGCGGGCCGGGGAGGCGGCGGCGGCAACCGGGGCCUCGCGGCUCAGCCCCGCAUCGGAGCAGGCCUCCGCGGCGCGCGCCCCUCGCCGAGCCCGACCCCCGAGCCCGCCCCGGGCCGGCGAGCGCUGGUCAUCGAGGCCCAGGCCGCCGCCGCGGCGCGGAUCUCAGUUCCCCAAACAGGGAUUGAACCCCGGCCACGGCAGUGAAAGUCCAGAAUCCUAACCACUAUGCCACCAGGGAACUGCCUGUUUUUCUUUUUAAAUAGACUUUUUUUUAAAGAGCAGUUUUAGGUUCACAGCAAAACUGAGCAGAAAGUGCAGAGUUCCCAUAUACCUGUUCCCCCCCCAUUGCUGUUUUAUUUUUAAAUUUAAGAUCCCCAUUGUCCUUACUGCCACGUAAGUCAGGGAAUACUGAAUAGUCUUAAUUUAGCUCACACUUUAAGAAUACACUGGGUGAUAAAAAAUUCAGAGGAUGGGAUAAAACCAUGGUUGUAGCUGUGCAAGUUCUUGAACUUUCCAGGCAAAAAAGGUUGGGAAUUGGGCUUCCCUGGUGGCUCAGUGGUUGAGAGUCUGCCUGCCGACACAGGGGACACAGGUUCAUGCCCCGCCCCGGUCCGGGAAGAUCCCACAUGCCGUGGAGCGGCUGGGCCCGUGAGCCAUGGCCGCUGAGCCUGCACGUCCGGAGCCUGUGCUCCACAACAGGAGAGGCCACACAUUCUUGAAAUCAUGAAUCCUGUUUAUAGCCCGGGUUCUUCUGGGGUUCCCUAUGCAAAUGCCAAAGGAAUUGGUUAUCCAGCUGGUUUCCCCAUGGGCUAUGCAGCAGCAGCUCCUGCCUAUUCCCCCAACAUGUACCCUGGAGCGAAUCCUACCUUCCAAACAGGUUACACUCCUGGCACACCUUACAAAGUGUCCUGUUCCCCCACCAGCGGGGCGGUGCCACCGUACUCCUCCUCCCCCAACCCCUACCAGACCGCUGUGUACCCCGUGCGAAGUGCCUACCCCCAGCAGAGCCCGUACGCACAGCAAGGCACGUACUACCCCCAGCCCCUGUAUGCAGCACCCCCUCACGUCAUCCACCACACCACAGUGGUGCAGCCCAACGGCAUGCCGGCGACGGUGUACCCUGCUGCCAUCCCUCCGCCUAGAGGCAACGGCGUCACCAUGGGCAUGGUGGCGGGGACCACUAUGGCCAUGUCAGCGGGUACCUUGCUGACUGCCCACUCCCCAACUCCUGUCGCCCCCCACCCCGUCACCGUGCCCACGUAUCGGGCCCCAGGAACGCCCACCUACAGCUAUGUGCCCCCCCAGUGGUGAUCACCCUGCAAACGUUUGUGGAUGGAGCUGUGCAGUCACAUCAUGGAGGUUCCACAGCUGGUGCUGCAGGCCUUGUGCCUCCAACCAGGACUUUCUUCUUAAUGCUCUCGACACUUAGCUAAACACUACUACGGCCGGCCCAGCAGGUCCUAGCACCCUCAGUCUCCAACUGACUCUGUGGGUUGGUCUUAAAGCAAAUCCUGUUUGGUGGGCUGCCAGGCAAUUUUUUAGCUAACUGUAAUGAUAAAAAGGGAGUGUUAAUCUGUUCUGAAUCAUAUCUAGUUGAAUGCAUGUUAAAAAACCACAAAAACAAAGCUUGCUCAAUCUACCUGCAGUGACUGAUGCAGAACCAUCAUAUGCAAAAUCCAAAGGAAUGGAAAAGUAUUUUACAACUUGUAUCACUAAUGCACUGUUGUAAUGUAUGCAAAGUCUUAAAGUUAUAAGUGUUAAAGUGAAUUUCUUCAUAGAGCAUCUGAAAUCUCUUUGAUGAUUCUUCAGCCUUUUGGGGUUGACGUGGGUUGCCAGUUGGAAACGUGGACUUCUAGUUUCCACCCAUCUGUUCCUUUUGCACGGACUGCACUGGGAGAGAGUUGCAGGGACGGGGAGAGUGUGGGGAGGCCACCGCUGCUUGGGGUGCAGCCAGGUUAAUGGCUUUCUCUCCAUUUAGGCUUGUGGGGUCAGUGUGAUGUGGACGUCCUUAGGGAUUACCAUGAAUCCAGUUAGGGACACAAGGUGGUUUAUGUGUCAGCAAAGCAAUUUUCUCUGCCAUCUAAAUUUUCAUUACAAAUCUCUUACAGAUAGAGAUGAUGUUUUCUAUAUGUUUAAUGGAAAAGUCCUAUGUAGAGCUAAAUUAUUUUCCUGGGAUGGGAGAUAUAUGAGAGAACCAGCCACACUUGGAGGAGGUAUUGGCCUCACCUUUAUUUAGCUUAGAAAAAUCAUUCCUUUCCCCCCUACCCCCACCCGCCCGGGAAAUGUCUGAGUCACCUGAAAACAUAUGUAGGCAUUGUUGUUCUUCCUCUCACAAAGAAGGCAAAGACUUCAUUCAGCUGUGUGUUAUGAAGAAAGUUGUAUAUUUAAGAACUUUUAAAAGGGAACAGAACUUUAUUGGAUAUUGAUUGUUCCUUGUAGAGAGGCAGGGCUGUGGCUGUGUUUCGGCCCAUGCACUUGAUGGGGACUUGUCCUCUGAGACCACCUGGAGGGCGCUCGUGGAGAUGGCUGUGGGGAGGUGUGAGGAAAGGGCUGGCGCCUGUUGUCUGUGAGCCCCUUUGGCCAUCUCUUCUCGUGGCUGGGGACACUCAGCACAAAGCACGUGUGGACAGCAAAGGGCCAGGCAGCAUCAGAACGUGUUUGCCUGCCAGAACUUAUCACAGAAAGGAUUUUGUGUUUAAAAUCUGAAUAUUGUACAUAAGAAACCAAGAGGAAUUUUUGCCUAAAUGUGCCCAACUUGUAUCGAUGGGUGUGUGUGUGUGUCUGUCCUCAGAUGAAGUCGGAGGGGGUGGGGGGUGAGGGCUGUUCCCUUUCAGCGGUCUGUCAGGGGCGGGGGUGCCCCUGCUCCACCCCGUCGUCGUUUCAAGCGCUGUGGGCCUCAGGUGGGGAGGGCACCUUUCUCUCCUUACGGCUCCGGCAGCUGGUCAGGGCUCCGGCACUGGGGUGGCGUUCAGCCCCGGAUGGUGAGUGGAUACCUGACCCCUGAGCCUUUGGUAACCUUAUUUUUUAUAGUAAGUACUCUUCAUAGUUUUCUUUUUCACAUUUUAUUUUAUAAGAGUUUUAGGAAUAUUUUUGCAUGGAUCAUUGUAAACAGAAGAUUUAUUUCUAAUGUCUGUAACAUAGUGUGUUUACUGAUAAGUACUUUAAAUUGCUUCAAGAGCACUUAACCCACCUUUGUAUGUGUGUAUUCGUGUGUGUGUGUGUGUGUGUGUGUGUGUGUGUGUGUGUGUGUGUGUGUGUGUGUGUGUGUGUGUGUGUGUGUGUGUGUGUGAGUAGCAGCCAUUUACCCCAGGCACACUGUCCACUUCAACUCUUUGUUGGUAAUUCCAUCUGUAUAGUGGACGGUUUGUAAUAUCAAUAUGUUCUAAGGGUUCCAGGGGCUGAACAGAGAAGUUGGUUUCCCCAGUUUAGCGUAAUAAGAUAGGAGAAAAUAAGAGUUUAGGAUAUGCUUUUUAAACGUCCCAGUGUGCGCACACACAGAAACACACAUGCCACUACCUGUAAGGAUUGGACUCAUUUGAAUUCAGGAGGAAGUUAUGAGAAAUUAUAUAGGCUGUUUCUUCCAGCUUGCCUGAGACUUGGCACACACAGGGUGAGUGUUUUCACGAGCACUGAAUUAAAUGGUGUUUUCAAGAGAAAGAAAAGAGUGGGUUUCGUUUUCUCCCCAUUUACAUCAGCUUUAUAAACACUUUCCCCCCUGUAAUUUCUUUAAAAAUCUUAUUUCCCUUUUGUGAAGUUGAGUUGGGAGACUUCAUCAGAUACUUUUGCAUUAUGGAAUACAUCUCUGUGGAAACCUUUUUAAUUUUGAAACUAUCGGCAUCAGCUACCAAAUAUGGAAGGUAGAUCUUGUCUAGCAGGUGAGAAUCUGGAUAUAAUGAAUAGUAACAAAACUAUCAUAUGUUGUAAUUUUAGCAGCAUUUAGUUCCAGUAAAAUUAACUAAGGAAUAGAGCUUCUGUUAUAAAGUUGCAUAAUUUGAUAUCCUAAGCACAAUAGUAGAACAUUCAGAGAAAUUUUGCAUUUUUUAUAUGUGACAUUCCUAAUUUGAGAGUCUUUCAGCUAAAUUACAGUUAUUUUAGAAGUUGAGACAGGCAAGUAAAGGAACUAAUUCCUAUAAACAUAGGUAUCAUCAUGGAUAUAUAUAUUUUUUUUCAUGAAUAUUUUAAAGAAAUUUUAUUCUUCAGCCUUCCCCUAAGGUUUAGAAGGUAUGUUUCUCUGCUUAGGGAAAUCUUGUUUGGAUCUGGGCCAGGUGACUGAACGUUUCACGAUGAGUGAUGGUCCCGUCAUCCUGCUGCCUUUGAGAACUGAGGCCAGCAUCCGGGCCAGGGCCAUUCAUGGUGACAAGCACAGAAGCGCUUCCAGAAUCUUUUACGUCUCUUGUGUUCAACCUUUUCUCAGCAUUCUUAUUGGUUUGGUUAUUAAGCCUACCAGUUGUAUUAUGUGACUCUGUUUCUUGAGUGCUAUGCAAAUGUAGUAUUUACAGGAGCCGAAUGUGGUUCUGAGCUGUGGGCUGGACAACUGGUCGGUACGCGCCCUGCCCUUCCCAGGCUGGGCAUGCAGUGCCUCGCUCCAUCUGCUGGCAUCGGCACUUCAAACAAGAGGAAACAGAUUCUUGGGGCUUGGGAUGUACUAAUCUCUGGUAGUGCUGUCCUGCCAGCAGGUGGAGAAAGGAUGGCAGGCACCAGACGCAUCAGUAUUGGGGCUUGCUUUUUAAGAAGGAAACCCAGACUUCUUCACCUGUCCUUUGUAAACAUUUGGAAACAGUAUUACUCAGACCAGUUGGGCCACCUUCUCCCUAUCUGGCAGCUAACGGCUGGACACCCCCGUUCUUGCCAGCCUGGGCAUUGCCCAGACGGGACGCCUGCCUGACUUCCUCUGGCCGUGCAAGGGCAGGCUUAAGGGUGUGGGGCUUGAGGUGGGGGGCAGCUUCUGGUUCUUCUCUUGGUGCUUUCUAAGGACGGGUGUGUCUCUAGAGAGGAGUGGUUGGCAUAGGGGAAGGGUGGCCCGCGUGACUCUCCUCUAGCACAUUUCACAUGUUGGUAUGUUUUUUUGUCCUGAGCUGUUUGUUACUCAACCUGAGCUUUCUGAAAGGAGCCUGCAGAGGACAGCCUGCAAAGGAGGGUCUGAUCUUUUCAGGUAGAAAGUUGCAGAGUUGAUCUUACAUGUUUCAGAGGAUUUGUCUCUUUCCCCACCCUAUUCUCUUGAACAGAAAACCUCUGGGGUAAUCUUAUUUGAAUCCCCGGGAUCAAACGUCAAGUCACUUGGGACAGGGAGACGAGGAGAGGCUGGCAUCUCUGUGCAGGGAGCCUGCAGUGAGCUUCAGGGGAUGCUGUGCUCCCAGGAUUGGUGUGUUGGAGAUGACAAGUGUCUUGGCUUGGCCUCCUGAGCCCUGUUGGUCUCCUGUAGGUCCUCGUGCAGACCAGUGGUUGGUAGACCAGUUGGGCUGGACCUGAGGCCAGCUCUCAUGUGUUCCUGGCGGGGUUACUGUGAUGGCCACUCAAGAGAGACCCCAGGGAGCCACUGUUACUGACUAGGAAAUUGGUUUUUGUUUUUUUUAAAACGAUUUUGGAAUACUGUUUUUUUUUUUUUAGACCGUUCUGAUAGUACUUUUUUAAAACUUAAGUCAGCAUUGUCUUCCAGUGUUAAAGGCCCCCCUCACCUCUGCAUUGAACUUAAGGUGUCAAUCAAUACAAAGGAAUGGAACACCCAUCCUGAGCCAAUUCCAUUAUGUGUAAAUUCGUACUAUUUUAAUUUUUUAUGCAAUCUGAUGAGUAGAUGAGCUCAGAUUUAAAAUUCUUAAAAGCACGUUUAUUGUAACAAGAAUUGUUAUGUAUUAAUACUGCAGUUUUCAAUAAAGAUUGACUUGUGUUGCA